GGACGCAUCCGACAGUAUUAAAUUUCCAGACUUUUCUGUUGUAUUGGGCGAGUGGGUUGUGAUAACAGUUAGUGCGAUUUGUAGACUUUUAUAUUACAGCAAUUUAACGAAUUGUUAGAAAGGCCAAACAUCGAAGUGAGUGUCUAUUAACAAUUAACAAUUAAAAUUUGAACUACUCUUUUAAAUUUCGCGGAAACGUCGCCAGCUGGUCCCUCAAGCGGCGAAAAUGCGACUUAGCCCAACCUGUCAUAUUUUUUUUCAGUCGUGUGAUAUGCUGAAGGUGUGACUUUAGCGUGUUUGGGAAUAAUCUUUAUAAAAUUGAGUUACUUAGUGAAGACAGAACUGAUGGUGGCGAUUUCGUGAAAGCCCUCGCGCGCCGUUUGAUGGAUCCUUCGAUCUCCUGGCUGCAACCGGAACAAGAAGGACCCGCCAAGCAAUUGUGGCUUCGCAUUUGGCAGACUCAACAGGAAUCCGAUAACAUGAACUUAAAAGACGGCGACGUCGAAGUGGACAGUGUCAUCAACGGGUUCGCGACUCACAAAGUCGGCCUGAUAAACGGCAAGACGGACAAAAAUGCCAUUCACUCGAGGCGCCGGAAAGACAGGCCCGCCAGCAGAUCGGUGCAUAGGAAGUUGAGCGGCGAUUUCGGAGGUUGCCCUUGGAGAAAGCCCAAGUUUUCCUAUCCGAAGGGCGUAAUGGGGUUGCAUCAAGAGAUAGAGCAUUUUUACCAUUACAUGAGUCCUACGGAAGCAGAGGAUAAAAUUCGUGAGGAAGUUGUUGCUCGAAUCGAAAAAAUUAUUAUAUCCAAAUGGCCCGAAGCCAAAGUAGAGAUCUUCGGCUCGUAUAGAACGGGCCUGUAUCUUCCCACUAGUGAUAUUGAUCUUGUAGUCAUAGGCAAAUGGGCGAAUCUUCCGUUGCGAACGCUCGAACAGGAAUUCCUCGAAAAAGACAUCGCUGUUCAAGACAGCAUCAAAGUUUUGGACAAGGCAUCGGUGCCGAUAGUAAAGCUGACUGACAAAAAAACCGACAUCAAAGUGGACAUUUCGUUUAACAUGUGCAACGGUGUGAAAUCGGCCGAAUUAAUUAAGACGUUUAUCGAGAAAUUUCCCGUUUUACCGAAACUGGUGUACGUCCUGAAGCAGUUCCUGUUAGAACGCGAUUUGAACGAAGUCUUCACCGGCGGCAUAUCCAGUUACAGUUUGAUAUUAAUGUGCAUUAGCUUUUUACAGUUGCACCCCCGACAGGAAAACGUAAGGACCAACAAUGCGAAUCUCGGUGUGCUUUUAAUAGAAUUUUUCGAAUUGUACGGACGGAAAUUUAAUUACAUUAAGACUGGCAUUCGGAUACGGGACGGCGGCAAUUACUUGGAUAAAGACGAAAUGCAGAAGGAGAUGACGGACGGGCAUCGGCCUAGCAUGUUGUGCAUAGAGGAUCCCCUACAACCGUCCAAUGAUAUCGGUCGAAGUAGUUACGGUGUUUUACAGGUAAAACGAGCCUUUGAGUACGCCUACAUAGUGCUGACGAACGUAGUACAUCCGUUCACAAUGUUCAACAAUUGCACGUACGAAUCCAUCCUGGGUAGGAUAAUUCGCGUGAGGAAAAAUGUGAUAAUUCAAAGGCAGCGAGUGGAGGAUAGCGUUCGAUUGAAACCGUCCCGGUCUUCGAGCGUCGGAUCGACUGGUUCUAGUACCGAGGAAAGCGCCGUUAGUUCAGAAGGAUCGGACGUACCGACGAGAGACACGUCCCCUAACAUGAAUUACACGCCGCGGCGCCAGGCCCAACAGAAGGUGCAGCAUUUCAAGAACAAGUCCGGCUUCAGGAGCAAUCAUCACAGCACGAACGGACAUCACAUGAACAUUCACAAUAGUUUUAAUAAUAAUUCAACGAAACGUAAAAAACCCAUGAAGCAAUAACGAGAUGUCUGGUAGGGUAGAGUAGAACUGUUUGGUUAUUUUAGAUUCGCUUUUGCCGCGUUACGAAGCGUAACGAAGUUGAUUUUUUUCUUUCAUAUGUGCCUGGUGUGUUGACGAACAGAAAGCAAUAUAAAUACGUGUAAACGACAUUCUAUCAACUUUAUCAGAUUCGGUAACUCAAAUGAUUUCGCACAUUUCUUUUUAAUAUUUGAAUUAGGCAGGUGUCGGCCCAAAAAAAUUAUUAAUUUCGUAAAAGUUGUUUUAUAGGUAUAGAAAAAAAAAUUAUAAAAUAUAAAAAUCGACAUAAUGCCUUAGAUUUGUAGUAACUAAUGAACAAAACAAAAAAAGAUUAAAAAAAACGUAAACAAAAAGUUUAAUUUUCUUUAAAUUUUUAUUAUUUAUUUUAUUAUGUUAACAAACUUCUCUCUUUUUUUUGAUAGAAUAUAAUAGAAUUUGAUAGAAUUUGGGUAAAUCUAACAAUAGAUUUGGUUUUUGUGUUGUAUUCUAUCAGUUUGCUCAUUUAAUGCGUUUUAUUUGUCUGUAACGAGAUUAUAGUUGGUAUUUAUUUUGCGACAGAGAAUAUGUAAGUCGAUUUUUUGAAUAUAUACUAGUCACUUAUUGCCGGAAAUCGCGGGAAAUCAGCGGGAAAUCGGUUUAAAAAUCUCGAUAAAAAUUAAUCAUCAAAUUGUGAAAACUAUGGCUUCAUUGUAACUAUUUAAAUAAUUCAUUAUCGAAUUACAAAUUUUGGAUAAUUAAAAAAAUGUAAUGUAUGUAUGAAUUUUUAUAAAAAUGCUAAGAAACUAUGCUUAUUUUGCCAAAUUGUAUGCUAAGUGAGAGAAACAGUUGGUAUAUACUAUCAAAAAAUCGACUUUAAGCAAAAAAAUAUAGUAAUUAAGUAGGUAAAAAUUGUUAAUUUCAUUUAAUAGGUACUAAAAUUGAUAAAAAAUACCAGCAAAAUUUUAUCAUUGAUGCAGAGAUCUUUAUUUGCUAAGGGCUUUUUAUAUAGCAGAUAAAAUGUUUCCUUUGAUCUUAUUUUUAACAUUUAUCAUAAAUUACUAUUAUGUAAGAAAGUAUUUCUUCAUAAUUUGUUUACUAUUCCAGCAGUAGUUAAAUUUUAACGCCUGUAAAUGCAUUCUCAACAACAAUCAAUUAAAAGACUCCUUGAAGUUUCGCUGGUAUUUUGUAAUCAAAAAUUAAAUCAAAAUUAUCGUCUCUUUACACUCUGUACAUAUAUCUAAAAAAAUUCUUGAUCAUCUCACAUUAUCAACGUCAACCAUUGGGGACGCUAAUAUCCUAAAUUCCUCUUUAUUAUAGUCCGCGGAGAGGCGAUUAUAAACUUGAUUGUAGGUAAAUUCUAAAUCCUGUAUUAGAUUUUUAUUAUUUAAGUCGCUUAUUUACAUUUCGCUUGUGAUCGGCAACUUUUUCUUUUGGUCCAACUAAUGCAUAAAUAAUGAAAGCGGAACAAUUUAAUAUCCUUAAAAUUUAGUAGUAAUUUCUAUUUAAUAUGAUUUAGUUAUUUACAAGAUCAAAGUGAAUCUUCGAAUACUCUUUAAUGACUAUAAAGGGAAAAUUACAACAAACUUACUUCUGUCCUACCAUCGUAAAAUAUAUUUUUAUGCGUCCGUUGAUUUGUAAAUAUAUUUGUAUAUCGAAAAUAAAAAAAUGUGAUAUAAUUGAUAAAUAUGUAAGUGAAUUUAGUUUUUCGUUAUUUUGGUUUUUGUUUUUGAAACAUUUGAUUUAUGGGAUAUGAAUGUACGAUUUUUUAUUUUAUUUUUCAGUUUAUUGUGUACGUUAAAAGAAUAUACGUUUAGACUCAUUGAAUAUAAACGAAGAGAUAUGAAUAUCAAAUAUCGUUAAAUUUUCAAUAGUUUGUAGCGAAAUAUACUUUGUGUAGGUCGCUAUUUAAAUGCGUCUAAAUGAUGAUUAAAAAUGUCAACAUGAUAUUUGGAAGUCUGAUUGUAAUAUUACAAUUUGAUGAGCAGUUAGGACUGUACGUUCUGUUAUUUAAGUGUUGAGAUUUUGUACGAUUUGGCUGGUGAUUUGAACUCAAAAUUAUUUCAACUGGUUUCUCUCACGACAAAAUUGUCAAUGCCGUCGUUUUGUUGCAAUUGUGUAUAUUUAUUUGGUAGAAUAAGUAUUUAUAUUAGUAUUAUAUACAUAGUUUUUAAGAUUGUCUAUAUUGUCAAAUAUAUCUUAAUGCGGUUUUACAUGAUUUGUAAAAAUAAUAUAGACUUAAGUCAUUUUUAAGUACAA